CGUGCUACGUCACUACAGUUAAAGACCUGCCACAUACGCUCUAACCGUUAGCCAGCGGUUAGCAUCUGGCUGCCCCCGAAAUGUCACAGUUUACAGAAAAAGAUGGACUUUCACUCCUUUAUUAGUGACUGUGGCCAGUGAGGGAACCGGGAUGGAGCCGCGGAACCAGCCGGAGCUCCGGUCCUCAGCAGACUGACUCACAUCCCAACAACAACAAGGGGAAACAGACUGCAUCAUGGGAAGGAUCAGCUUUUCGUGCCUGUUCCCGGCCCCGUGGCAUUUCAGCGUGUCGUCGCAGGUCCUCCCCCGGCUCCUCACGCCUUCCCUCCGACAGCUGCUGCUCCUCGUCCUGCUGCUGGGCCUCGUCGGGGUCCUCUACCUGCUGCUCGUCUCCGGGAAGGGACACGGGGGCUGGAUCGGGGAGGAAAGCCACUUCCACAGGCACCUGGCCCGCGUGACGGAUGUGGACGCCACAGACACCAGCAACCCCAACCUGAACUACGGCCUGGUGGUGGACUGUGGCAGCAGCGGCUCCAGGGUGUUCGUGUACUGUUGGCCGCGGCACAACGGCAACCCGCACGAACUGCUGGACAUCCGGCAGAUGAGAGAUCAACACCGCAAGCCGGUGGUCAUGAAGAUCAAACCCGGUAUCUCUGAGUUGGCCACAACGCCCGAGAAAGCCAGUGACUAUAUCUAUCCACUGCUGAGCUUUGCAGCCCAACACAUUCCCAAAAAUAAACACCAAGAGACUCCCUUGUACAUCCUGUGCACAGCGGGAAUGAGAAUCCUCCCUGAAAGUCAACAAGAAGCUCUUCUUGAGGAUCUGCGAACAGACAUCCCAGUUCACUUCAACUUCCUCUUCUCUGACUCGCAUGUGGAGGUGAUUUCUGGGAAACAGGAAGGUGUCUAUGCUUGGAUCGGAAUAAACUUUGUCCUCGGGAGGUUUAACCAUGUGCACAAUGACGGGGAAGCUGUAGUGGAGGUGAAUGUCCCCGGCAGUGACCAGCAGGAGGCGCAGGUGAGGAAAAGGACUGCCGGUGUCCUGGACAUGGGCGGGGUCUCCACACAGAUCGCAUACGAAGUGCCCAAAACUGUAAGCUUUGCUUCUCCACAACAGGAGGAAGUUGCCAAGAACUUACUGGCCGAGUUCAACCUUGGCUGUGACGCACAUCGCACCGAGCAUGUGUAUCGGGUCUACGUGUCCACCUUCCUCGGGUUCGGAGGAAACGCAGCCCGCCAAAGAUACGAGGACAGUGUCAUCCGAAAUACCGCCACUCGAAACAAACUCUUAGGGCAGCGUAACGGUGAGACGCCAGACUCCCCGCUCCUGGACCCUUGUCUGCCCGCAGACCUGCAGGAUGAAAUCGGUCCGUCGACCCAGAAGCUCUAUCUGCGAGGCACGGGAGACUUUGACCAGUGUCGACAGAUUCUCCAGCCGUUCCUCAACCGCACCAACGAGACCCUGACCUCGCUCAACGGCGUCUACCAGCCGGCCAUUGACUACGACAACAGUCAGUUCUACGGCUUCUCUGAGUUCUACUACUGCACGGAGGAUGUGCUGCGCAUGGGCGGCGAUUAUAACGCCUCUAAAUAUGCCCAAGCUGCCAAGGGUUACUGCUCGACCCAGUGGCGGACGCUGAGGGAGCGGUUCGACGCCGGCCUGUACGCCUCGCACGCCGACCUCCACCGACUGAAGUACCAGUGCUUUAAAUCGGCUUGGAUGUACGAAGUGCUGCACGCGGGCUUCUCGUUCCCGGCCGGGUAUAGGAACCUGAAGACCGCCCUGCUGGUCUACGAUAAGGAGGUCCAAUGGACGCUCGGAGCCAUUCUCUACAGGACGCGGUUUCUGCCUCUGAGGGACAUCCAGCAGGAGAGUCUGAAGGCGGUGCACUCCCACUGGAGACGCAGCUUCUCCUUCGUCAACAACCACUACCUGUUCCUGGCGUGCUUCUUCAUCGUCCUGCUGUCCAUCGUGCUGUACGUGCUGCGCCUGCGCCGCAUCCACCGCCGCGCCGCGCAGUCCUGCGCGCCGGCCUCCGCGCCCUGGCUGGAGGGGGGCCUCGGCUCGCCCAUGAUCCCCAUCGACCUCUAGACCUGCUCGAGUCUGCGAGCCCUUCAGAUCCCGCAUCCUGGAGAGACUCGAUCACGUGAAGACGAUCUUCUGUGAGUCUUCAGAUGUUCCUGAGCUGUGAAAAUCUCCUGUGUUUUUGAAGUUAUUUUGUGUAAUAAUGACGUCUUUUUUUUUUUUUGUUUUUUUUUAAUUUUGAAUCCACAUCAGAAUCCUUUUUAUUUUAUUUCUGUGAAAGACAAACAUAAUGUUCAAAGCCUACAUGAAGAUGUUGUCUUUACUUUUGAAUUUCCCAAAGCUGGACAUGCUCUAUUUGCCUUUCUUUCUUUCUUUUUUUUAAGUCUUUUUAUGUCUACGGUCACUUUUUCUCUUCUUUUUGUUUAAUGGUACAAGCCCUCGCUUUGGUACAGGAACCUUUUUUUUAAAGGGUUUGGGUUUCAUUAAUCAUUCAUUUGUAAUUAGAAAAUGGGGAAAAAAACGUGUAUUUGUCAUUUGGUUUUUAAACCAAAAACCCGUUCUGGUCUCAGAAUCUGAGUCCCUAAAAGCAGGGGUGUCAAAGUCCGCUUCACUAAGGGCCACGCUGGAAAAUUAAGAAUCACAUCAAGGGCCAGACAUUUAUUAUUAUUAUUAUUAUUGUUGUUGUUAUUAUUAUAUACAUUCAUUCACAUGCUUUUCUUCCAUAGAAAAAGUUUUAAAAAAAAAAUCUCUCGUAUAUCUUCUCACGUACAGCUUGGUCCACAUAAAUCCCCAAAGUAGAAAGUUAGAUAAGAAAAGAGCGACAAAAGUGGUGGAGAAAAAACGUCAAUCAAAAAGUAUAAUGAUGAAAGGAAGUGCCAAAAACUAAAAUACGGCUGUUUGUUGUUUCUGUCACCGUAACGAUUUUUUCCGUUUGUGUUUUUGAAACAAAUAACAAAUGUAGGUUUUCUUUUUUCACCUUGUAAUUACAAAUUAAUUUGAAGAUUAUUAACUGAAACCCGGACCUUAAAUGCAUAUGUUGCGUGUGUGUGUGUUGUGUGUGUGUGUGUGUGUGUUGUGGUGUGUGUGUGUGUGUGUGUGUGUUGUGUGUGUGUGUGGUGUGUGUGUGUGUGUUGUGUGUGUGUGUGUGUGUGUGGUGUGUGGUGUGUGUGGGUGU